GGGGGGAUUCUCAAGGAGGAAGAGAGCGCUUCAGUAGUGUUGGUACCGCACAAUGGCUAGGAACGGCAGAGACAGCAAUGGCGACGUAUUGAUGCUGGAGGCUCCGCCGGACCCCACGCGGCCUUCGUGGGCGUCCCCUUCGAACGCGGAGACCAUCGACGCGCUGCCGUACAUCGACGAGGACUACGGCCACCCCGUCGUGAAGCAGGAGGUGGACCGGCUGGUGGAGGAAGAGAUGCGGCGGAGCUCCAAGAAGCCAUCCGACUUCCUCAAGGACCUGCCUCCUCUUCCCAAGCUCACCUUCGAGAACAAUCCCAUGCUCGCUCGGGAGUAUGAGCGCGUGAGAGCUGGGAAGCCUCCGGUGCCCUUCGACUCGUCACGUUACAACUUGGAUGUACCGCCUAUGAAUAGAAGGAAUGAUGAAAGUGCUUGGAAGCAGGCACUUCAAAGAGCUCAGCGCCUGUUACAGCAUGAAGAUAUCCGGCUGGAAAAUUUGGACUUGUUGUCUAAACAUGGAGCCGAAGUAUGGAUUCAACAUAACAAAAGAUUAGAAGGUUUCUUAACCAGGUUGCAGAAAUUAGCUCAUGAACAGAAUGAAAAGAUCGAGUCCGUGAAUCGGGAAAGGAAAUACCAUCAGCAAAAUACUGCAUAUGAGCUCAAUGCUCUGUCUGCUCAAUGGAGGGAGCUCUGCUUGAAGAACAUGGAGAUCCAAGCUUCAUGUGUUAACCUCGAGAACCAAAUCGAAGAAAUAAAGAGAGAAGCAGUUGAAAGAGGCUGGAAUUUGGAAACUGCUACUGAGAAUGGCCCUUCCCACUAGCUAUACUGUGUGAAAAUCCUUGCACUGGGACUACCACAUUGUCUAGGACGAACAGCCCCGGGCCAUAUGGAAGCUUAUUAUGUUCUGUGCGCAGUAGAGUGCUUGAGCAGCUUGAGAAGGACAUCAAGGUGCAACCCCAGACGCCUUCGCCGGGGUCAUUGACCCUGAAAACUGCUGCUGAGUCGAGUGCAUCAGUUUCAUCAAUUGCAAGCUUAGCCUUCUAAAGAAUACAUUUUGGGAGACCUCUAAUCUCUGUUGCCUAAAUUUAGGAACAACGUCGAGUUCUUUGUGGGAACUUGUAGUCGAUUUUCAUGGUGUACCAUCAUUCCCUAAUGAUCUUCAGCUGAUGAUUUGAAUGGAUUAUAUCAUAUGGACUCGACAGUCCAUAUGAUAUGACAAUGCCAUUUUCACUGGCAAAUAUUGAAAAUAUCAGACUAUAAUGCCCACCA